CUUUUGACCCCUCUGCCUAUAUAAGUAUAUUUUGCCCAACUGAAUUUUGAAAGCCUCUCUUUCUGCAUUAAAAAAUGAGAGGAUUCAGUCGCAGAGGGCUCGCAUUUGUGAUCCUUAUUGUGAUUCUGUUAUGGUGUUCAAGUUUUGAGAGCUGCAAUGCCAGAAGAGGCAGGCAUUGGAGGAAGAGUCGAAGCUUUGCAGCUUCUUUGUCCAAAAACAGAGGAAGAACAACUCAUCAUUCUAGUCACGGUAGCCACAAUUACAAACCAAAACCAAAACCGCCGUCCCAUAAAUCUCCGGUACCUUCACCUCCGGUAGUUACUAAGCCAGGACAUGAUAUUCCGCCGCCAAGUCCGCCGCAGAAAGGCUACGGCGGCAGCCAUUCUGUAGUGUUUGACGUGAUAGAUUUUGGCGCUAAGGGUGAUGGAAUUACUGACGACACCAAGGCGUUUGAAGCUGCUUGGGCAGCUGCGUGUAAAGUUGAAGCAUCAACAGUUAAUGUUCCGGCGCAAUUUGUAUUUCUUGUGGGACCUAUUUCAUUCUCCGGUCCCUACUGUCAGCGUAACAUUUUAUUUCAGCUGGAUGGGAAGAUCAUUGCUCCCACAAGCUACAAAGAUUGGGGGAAAGGUCUAUUAUGGUGGAUUGAAUUUUCAAAGCUGAGUGGAAUUACGAUUCAAGGAAAGGGCGUAAUUGAUGGAAGAGGCUCUGUCUGGUGGCAGGGCUCGCCUUAUGAUGAUCCAUUCGAUGAUGAAACCAAACUCAUUAUCCCAUUAAACAGUACUGUAAAUGAGAGGACGCCGAUGCCGAUAAGAAGUGAACUGUUUGGGAAAAUGCCAAGCAUAAAGCCAACUGCACUGAGGUUCUACGGGAGUUUCAAUGCAACUGUGACUGGCAUAACGAUUCAAAACAGCCCACAAUGCCACCUCAAGUUUGAUAACUGCAUGGGAGUUGUGGUGCAUGAUGUUAGCAUUUCAUCUCCAGGAGACAGUCCCAACACCGAUGGAAUCCACCUUCAGAACUCCAAAUAUGUGCUAAUUCAUAGCAGCAGUCUUGCUUGUGGAGAUGACUGUGUAUCUAUCCAAACCGGAUGCUCAAAUGUGUAUGUGCACAAUGUGAAUUGUGGUCCAGGACAUGGAAUCAGCAUUGGAAGUCUGGGAAAAGAUAACACCAAAGCUUGUGUCUCAAACAUCACCGUUCGAGAUGUUAUCAUGCACAACACAAUGUAUGGUGCCAGAAUCAAGACAUGGCAGGGUGGAUCGGGAUCUGUGCAAGGGGUACUUUUCUCGAACAUACAAGUCUCCGAGGUCCAACUUCCAAUUAUUAUCGAUCAAUUCUACUGUGACAAAAGCAUAUGCAAGAACCAAACAUCUGCUGUGUCUCUAUCAGGAAUCACCUACGAAAGAAUCAAAGGGACAUACACAGUAAAACCUGUUCAUUUUGCCUGCAGCGACAGCCUACCAUGUAUUGAUGUUACUCUAUCUUUCAUACAGCUAAAACCACAGCAAGAAAAGUACCACAUGUAUGAUCCCUUCUGCUGGCAGACUUUUGGAUUAUUAACCACCCCUAUUGUCCCCCCAAUCGCCUGUUUACAGAUUGGCAAGCCAUCGAGCAACCGGCCUCAGUCAGAUCAUGAUGUAUGCUGAACAUAGACCAAGAGUAAUCAACUAUGGUGUACUAAUUUGUGCGGUAGGCAUGAUUGCUGCCCCUCUCACACCUUCAGUUAAUUAGAUAAAGAGAGUAUAUUUAGGCAGUUCUAGUUUAUAGAAUUUCUUCUUUUUCACUUGGAUUAAAUUGGUCUUCAUAGUGUGAGCGAGGCUACACUAUAUAUAAGGUGCUAGUGAGAUAUAUAAUUUACAGUUGCUUUAUUACUCUACUAUUUCACAUUUCAUA